CAUGAAUUUGCGGUUUGUCAUGUACUCUUCAAUUGAACUACGCCAACGGUUUAAACUUAAUUUACCGAUGAGAAAAGAAUCGAUUUCAUAUUUACGUGUUUGUUUACUUUUAUAAUGAACUUCAGCGUUAUGCUGUGAUGUUUGUACCUAUAUUUACAUGUGGGCUGGGUUGAGCCUCUAAUGUUUGUUUACGAGUAUGAAAUUAACACGGGACAGAUUGUACCUCUGCCACUCGCUAUCGUACAGGGAUCGCAAGGAGUAAAGCAGAAUUGUGAAUGACUGGCUCUCAAGGGAACUCUUUCAUUCAUCACUCACAUAAUCAAGUUGGUCAAGGUUUCCCUAUUACAUCUUCCCAGUCUAUUUCUGAGCCAUAUUCAGAAAUAUCAGAUAAUUCAGGAGCUUCUACCGGAAGCUCUCAUGAUUCUGCUUCUCCAGUUGAAGAUGAAUUUGCAACUUCUGUUGCUCAUCUUCCAAAUCGGGAAAGGUCAGGCUCGUAUGAUGGCCCCCCGAAUUCCAAACUUGCAUCCUAUGCGAAUGCCAAGGAGACUUCGAUCUCUGGACAGAGUGAUUUGCCAAAUGAAGCGCCAUCUCGUCGUAUUUACGUGAAUCAUAUUCCCAAUGAACAUGCAAAUCUUCCAAAGCAGACGUUUCCUGGCAAUAAAAUACGGACAACAAUGUACACUCCUUUAAAUUUUAUUCCGAAGAACCUUUACAACCAGUUCAAAAACGUUGCUAACAUUUUUUUCCUGUUUCUCAUCCUUCUUCAGUGUAUUCCUACUUUUCACGCAAGACAUCCUGCGCUGCCGUUCAUUCCACUAACUAUCAUUCUGUUGAGUACAGCCAUAAAAGAUGGAAUCGAAGACUACAGGAGGUCUAUUCUUGAUAACAAGUUUAACCAUACUAUUACAUUCAAACUUGUUGGUUGGAAAAAUGUGAACUCCUUAAACGAACAUGUCGGGCUCUGGAGGCGUUUCAAAAAAUUCGUUUCGCACACUGUUCAUGACAACUUAAAAUCACACGAAAACAAAUCACAGUGUCCAUCGUAUGCUCCGUCGAUAUUUUAUUCCCAUAGAAACAGUCGCGAUUCUAAUUCGUCCAACUUCUCCCUCAUGAGCUCUCGAGAUAGCAUUGAAGCAUUGGGUAUGGGAAAUACCUCAUUAUUUCGAAAUUUUUCUGUAGUUCCCAAGAACCAAAAUGUGUCUUCUGAGGCUCACUUUGAACCUGUCUAUCGAAAGAAAAUACAAGUGGGUGACAUCGUUCGCGUUCGUGCUAAUGAAGCAAUCCCUGCCGAUCUUUUAAUUCUGUCUACUGAAAAUAAAGAAGGUAUUUGCUAUGUUGAGACAAAAAAUCUUGAUGGGGAAACGAAUCUCAAGGAUAAGUAUUCUCUUUAUUCCACCAAAGACUGUCGUUCUGAACUGGAGUGCUCCAUUGCGUCUUUUUGGGUUCAGUCCGAAGAACCUCAUUCAGAUUUGUAUAAUUUGACAGGCGUUGUAGAGACUCAUGUUUCCGAUGAUAGUAUAGAAACGGCGGAGAAUCCUUCCACUCUAAAACAAGAACCAUUUAAUAUGUCUAAUAUAGCCCUCUGUGGCUGCACCCUUCGAAACUCUAAAUGGAUUAUAGGCUUAGCUUUAUACACUGGGUGUGAAACUAGGAUACAAAUGAAUCGGGGCGUUACUCCUUCAAAACGAAGCCGAAUUACAAGAGAGCUCAAUUGGACGAUCUUUCUGAAUUUUUUGCUUCUUUUUCUGAUGUGUAUUAUCUCGGGCAUGUUGAGGAUGGUAUAUUCAGCUCGCCAGAAUUCUGCCAAAGUAUAUGAGUUUUAUGAGUUAUCAACAGCAACUACCUCUGUACCUGUUCAAGGUAUCGUCAGCAUUUUCACCUGUUUAAUCCUGUUCCAAAACCUAGUACCCAUCUCCUUAUACAUCACGAUUGACAUUGUUCGUACAAUUCAAUCUUUUUUUAUUCACAGUGAUAUUGAGAUGUAUGAUGAAAAGCUUGAUUAUCCUUGUUCGCCUAAGUCUUGGAAUAUUUCUGAUGAUUUAGGCCAAGUUGAGUACGUCUUUUCUGACAAAACCGGAACCCUGACUCAAAAUGUUAUGAAUUUUAAGCGGACUACUAUAAACGGUAUUGUAUAUGGAGAAGCAUAUACCGAUGCUACACGCGGUUUUGAAAGAGCUCAUGGUCGUAAUAAUAUACAGCAACGGCUGAAUGAAAUUAAAGAAGAUAGAGAAAGAAUGAUAGAGUUGAGCAGAUACGGAAACCCUGCGACCUCUUCUUUUGUCUCAAGUAAACUUGUUAGGGAAUUACAUUCGACCAAUGAACAGUCAACACACUGCAGAGAUUUUUUCACUGUACUAGCUCUCUGCCACUCUGUUGUUACAGAUGGCCAUGGUGAUUCUUUAGUAUACAACUCUCAGUCACCGGACGAAGAAGCUUUGGUGAAAGCUGCUUGUGAUCUUGGGUUUAUUCUCAAAAGUACUAAAAAUAAACGUUAUGUUGUUGAAAUACUUGGAAAACGUAGUCGAUUCCAAGUGCUGGAUAUUAUUCCAUUUACAUCAGCAAGAAAACGCAUGAGUAUAAUUAUUCGAGAUCACGAAGGCUAUAUAAAUCUAUAUUGCAAGGGUGCAGAUAAUGUGAUACUUAGAAGAUUGGCAGGAGAUAAUUCAGAGGAGCUAAUUCAGAAAACAAUACAGGAUCUCUCUCUCUUCGCUGCAGAAGGGUUUCGGACCUUGUGCGUUGCUCAGAGAAGACUGGAAAAAAAGGAAUACCUCGAAUGGAAAGUCAAGUUCAAUGAAGCUAAUUCAGCGUUACAUGAUCGAAAUGAAAAGAUUGAUCAAGUUUCAAACUUAAUUGAACGGGAAUUAAAUUUACUGGGAGGAACCGCGAUUGAAGACAAACUUCAGGACGGUGUGCCUGAAACCAUAGAUCUACUCUCAAGAGCAGGAAUUAAGUUAUGGGUAUUGACCGGUGACAAAGUUGAAACAGCUACCAACAUCGGCUACUCAUGCAACCUAUUGGAAAGCGGGAUGUCAAUUAUCCGUAUUGAUUCCACUUUUUCUGAACAAGAGCAAAUAAGGGAUUUUAUUUUGAAGAACUUAAAUGAUUAUUUUGGUUUGAAAGGAACCGAAGAGGAAUUUAAAAUGAUGAUGCAGAAUCAUGAUCCCCCUUCAACUGAGCAUGCUGUCGUGAUAGAUGGAUGUGUUUUGAGUAUGAUUCUCGAAAGUGAAUUUGCUAAUCAGUUUUUGAUGUUAUGCAAAAAUUGCAGGACUGUUUUAUGUUGUCGGGUCAGUCCUUCUCAAAAAGCAGCCGUCAUAUCCUUAGUAAAACAUUCGCUGGAUGUCACAACACUUGCUAUUGGUGAUGGUGCAAAUGAUGUGUCGAUGAUUCAGCAAGCAGAUAUUGGAAUUGGAAUAGCUGGCCUUGAAGGACAGGCCGCAGCAAUGUCUUCCGACUAUGCUAUAGGUCAAUUUCGAUUUUUAUCUCGGUUGCUCCUAGUGCAUGGGCGAUGGGAUUACAAAAGGACUUCCCAAAUGAUUUCAAACUUUUUUUACAAAAAUGUCAUUUGGACUUUCACUUUGUUUUGGUACCAGUUGUAUAAUGAGUUCGAUGGUAAUUACAUUUUCGAUUAUACCUACGUGAUGCUAUUUAAUUUACUUUUCACUUCUUUUCCUGUGAUUAUAAAUGGUUGCUUUGAUAAGGACGUGGAUGCUGAAACGUCUCUUAAAUAUCCUCACUUAUACAAGUCAGGUAUUUUACGGCAAGAAUGGAGUAAAAGGAAAUUUUGGCUAUCCGUUUUAGAUGGGAUUUAUCAAUCAAUGAUUUGCUUUGGUGUGGCCCUUUUUGUUUUUACUGCUGGUAAUUUCGUAAGUCCUUCUGGCCAUCAGACCGAGUCAAUUGAAGACAUUGGAUUGUUUAUAUCAUCCCCGGCAAUUUUUGUCAUUAACACGUUCAUUCUCUUGAAUCAAGAAAGUUUGGACCUUGUUUCUGUGGGUACGUGGCUUUUCAGUUUGGUCAUAUUUUGGUUCUGGACUGGUGUUUAUUCGGAAAUAUUGGGUUCGAAUGCGUUUCAUAAAACAACUUUUCGAGUCUGUAAAACGCUGGCGUUUUGGGUAGUGAAUUUAUUAACUAUUGUUUUGUCUCUAUUUCCUCGGUUGUCCGCUAUUUUAGCACAAAAGCUAUUUUAUCCCAAGGAAGUUGAUUUGCUUAAAGGGAAACUAGAGAGAGAAGAAGGUCUUCGUAUGAGAAAUCAGUCUUCUACGGUUGAAAAUUCUUCGGUAGUUCCCUCUUUAUCUAUUCCCGAAAGAGAAGAACCUCCAAACUUUUCUUAUGGACAUUCUACAAUUUCACUACCUAUAACAUCCUCAAGUUCUUUAACUUCUAAGAAGCGUCCUCGAACUAUCGUUUAAUAAAUAAAGGCCAGUUCAGGACAAUACUUAGAUGUUUUUUCUACUUAAACAUCUUUGUUAUUUUAUAGAAAUAACGAUCUUUGUUUUUUUUUUCCUAUAGCAAAAUUUUUCUAAACCCUUAGAUUUUUCAACAGCAUAAUUCAAUAAUCC